UUAUGCUUGCCCGGUGUCUUAGCCAACCGCCCACCGACCACCGAACAACGACGAUCAAAGACGAAGGAUUCCCCCGGAACCCUAAACCUGUUUGCUCGAACCGUUGAUUUUGUUGAUUCCAAGGCUUCCCCGAAAGCUCUCCAAUUUCUUCUGUUUCUUUGAGCUUCUGAAAUGAAAUUGAAAUCUAUCUCAACUCUUGCUCAACUUCACUAUUGAGCUUUGCAAAUGGACUUCGUGGAAUUGGAGGCGAUCGAAGGGCUGCGAUGGUCGUGGAACUCGUGGCCGGCGGGCAAAGCCGAUGCUACGGCUCUGGUAAUCCCUCUCUCGAUCAUGUGCACGCCAUUGAUGCAAUUCAACGAGCUUCCACUGCUUCCCUACGAUCCUGUCGUCUGCAACAAAUGCGGCGCCGUUUUGAACCCUUACGCCCGCGUCGAUUACCAGUCUCGGAUAUGGGUUUGCCCUUUUUGCCAGGGUAAAAAUCAGUUCCCUCGAUCGUACGCCGGAAUCGGCGAGAACAACCUCCCGGCGGAGCUUUUUCCGACGUACAGCACGGUGGAGUACCAACUGGGGAAGAAAUCGUUAACCUCAGCUUCGAGUGUGGGUCUGAAUGAUAAUUGGGGAAAGGGGUUUUUGCCGUCUGCCUCUUCGGCUUCGUUGAUUUCAUCCUUCUCGUCGUCUUCUUCUCUUUCCGGAUUGGAUUCGAGAGGGAUUGGGCAGGCAUUUGCAUCCGUUUUCGUUGUGGAUGUUUGCUCGUCAGAAGAGGAGCUUCGGGCGCUUAAGAAUGAGCUGUUGCUUGUUGUGUCGCGGCUACCGGACAACGCUUUGGUGGGGUUAGUGACUUUUGAUUCGAUGGUUCGGGUUCACGACCUUGGUUUUACGGAAUGUUCGAGGAUUGUGCUUCUCCAUGGUGAACGGGAGCUGUCAUCGGAUCAGACCAAAAAGUUGCUGGGAAUUCAUAAUGUGAAGCAACUACUUGGAAAAGCAGCAGCUCCUCAUAGCCAAGGGUUUCUAUUACCAGUAUCUGAAUGUGAGUUCAAUAUAACCUCUGCAAUUGAAGAUUUGCAUUCUUCCCCACCAAUUAAACCUGGACACCGUCCUCAACGGUCCAUGGGUGCUGCAAUAUCAGCUGCAGUUGGACUUCUAGAAGGAUGCUUAAUUAACACAGGUUCCAGGAUUAUGGUCUUCACAUCUGGGCCUGCAACUGUUGGCCCUGGGUUGAUUGUAGAGUCAGACUUUGUUAAUGCCAUCAGAACUCAUCGAGACCUGAUUAGUGGUCGUGCAACCAACUUUAGAAAAUCUAGUGAGUUCUAUCAGCAAUUAUCACAGAGGUUAGUAAAUUCAUCUAUUGCCCUUGAUUUGUUUGCUUGCUCUCUCGAUCAAGUUGGAGCAGCUGAGUUAAGACCCUCUGUUGAGAGCUCAGGUGGAUUCAUGAUGUUAGGAGAGUCAUUUGGGUCAGAACAAUUUAAAAAAUGUUUGCGUCAUUUAUUUGAUCGUGAUAAAGAAGGGAACUUGAAUAUGUGUUUUGAUGCAACUAUUGAGGUACUGACCACAAAAGAUGUGAAAAUCUGUGGAGCCCUUGGUCCCUGUGUUUCUCUUCAGAAGAAGAACAGUUCAGUUAGUGAGAAAGAAAUUGGCGAGGGUGGUACCAAUUUGUGGAAGUUAUGUACACUCACUAACAAGACAUGCAUUGCUUUCUUCUUCCAAGUAGGUGAUGAACAGAAAGUUCAACCCAGCUCUGCAUUCUUGAUACAGUUCAUAACACGUUACCGGUAUGGAAACUUGGGCAUCCGGAAAAGGGUGAUAACAGCUGCUAGAAGAUGGGUGGGGAAACACUCACCAGAAAUUGCUGCAGGAUUUGAUCAGGAAGCAGCAGCUUCAGUUAUGGCUAGACUUGCUAUCCACAAAGCUGAGAGGGGUUUUGCUCGAGAUGUUAUCAGAUGGCUGGAUGAUAUGCUGAUACGUUUUGCUUCUAAGUUUGGUGAUUAUGUGCAGGAAGAUCCUUCCUCAUUUCGUCUGUCAUCCAACUUCUCCCUGUACCCCCAGUUUAUGUAUUAUUUAAGGAGGUCACAAUUUAUCGAUGUCUUCAACAGCAGUCCUGAUGAGACUGCUUUUUUCCGCUUGAUGUUAAACCGUGAGGGAGUUGUUGGUUCUCUUAUUAUGAUCCAACCUACUCUUUCCCAAUAUUCUUUUGAUGGGCCACCUGUUCCUGUCCUCCUAGAUGUUUGCUCGAUAUCCCCAGAUGUUAUUUUGCUCUUUGACUCUUACUUCCAUGUGGUUAUUCACUAUGGUUCUAAGAUUGCUCAGUGGAGAAAACUUGGUUAUGACAAGGAUCCAAACUUUGAGAGCUUCAGAAAGCUUCUGGAAGCCCCAGAGCUUGAUGCAGAGCAACUGGUGGCUGAACGAGUACCAGUGCCAAAGCUUAUUAAAUGUGACCAGCACAGCAGUCAGGCACGGUUUCUUCUAGCCAAGUUGAAUCCAUCUGUUACGCAGAACUCAACAUAUACGGAUAAUUCAGAGAUUAUAUUCACCGAUGAUAUAAGCUUGCAAGUUUUUGUAGAACACUUGCAGGAGUUGGCAGUGCAGGGUUGAUAGUUUGUUGUACAGAAUUUCUUUGUUCCCUAUGGUGAUCCAGAAAGAAUUGCUUUGUGUUGCUUUUGGAGUAUAGGUGUCUUGUUGUCCUUUGUUGACAAUGUGUGAAUGUGAGGUUCCAGAGAAUUUGAAGGCAUCUGAUUCUUCAAUGCAAUUAAGGUUCUCGAAAGAAUAUUAGUACCUGGUUAAUUAUCAGUUUUUGAAUGAUCAGCAAAGUGUUAAAGAAGUUCAAUAUAUGAACCUGGCUUGCUUCCAUUGCCAGCAGUUGGUGAAUAUCUCUCAAUGGUGAAAUUUUUCAUGAAGCCUUGUUAUGGUUGUUCAUUUCCAUAUUCAACUUCAUGAAUAAAGAAUUGGCAUGACCUCACUGAUUCUCCCAUUUCCUUAUGGUGAUUGGAGCAUUGUGAAAAAGAACAGAAGUUGCUUGUCAGACUGUUCUUUCCAGUUGAAUUGGUCGGCAGGGCAUUCUGAUUGUCCCACACGAGGUUUAAGUGUGAUCUUGGGUGUGCCCGACUUAUGGUCAAAUUUAGCUCUGAUUCAUUUGAACACUGGUUUUCAGUCUUACCACAGUGCAAUCUACCGGGAAGUAGGACCUCUUGAAGCCCAAUUCUGGUCACUGAAAUCUGGGCAGGUUCCAUGUCUAGAAACAUUGUUGCCGGCUUAAACCGCUUGUGGUUAAUGCUAGGCCAUCAUCUGACACUGGAAGCUUUGUGCUUCAUGCUUUUAUCAUAAGUGUAUCCUGUUUAUAAUUCAUAGCAAGAGCAUUGAGUAGCAAGACUCUGGUCCAAAUUGGAGCAUAUUUGUGUUUGUUUCAUGGCUGAAGCUUGACGACAUUGAGGUACCUCGUCUUCUGUAGUGUAGCCGACUGUGAGUUGAAACAUCUCAUUGAUUUUGUUUGGUCUUGCA